AUGGGGAUUCACCUGUCGAUUCGCAUGCUCUCGAAACUACUAGUUCUGUUGUUGUUUCAUCUUGUGGUUGCAAACUUUGUAGACUCUUUGCAGCAGCUAUCUUGCCAUGCCGAGGAGAGCUCUGCCUUGCUGCAGUUCAAGGAGAGCUUUAUGAUUGACAAAUCUGCUUCAAGUAAUGACGGUGCUUAUCCAAAGGUUUCAUCAUGGAAACCAGUUGGAGGAGGAAAUAGCAGCUGCUGUUCGUGGGACGGCGUGGAGUGUGACGAGAUGACGGGUCAUGUUAUUGGCCUUAAUCUCAGCAGCAGUUAUCUCUAUGGCUCUUUGGACUCCAAUAGUAGCCUGUUCAGCCUGGUGCAUCUUCAAAGGUUAAGCCUCUCUGACAAUAACUUCAAUUACUCUCAAAUUCCAUCUAGCAUAAGAAAUUUUCCAGGCCUCACUCAUCUUGACCUCUCUUGGUCUUUCUUUUCUGGUCAAGUCCCAUCUGAAGUCUCACACUUGUCCAAGUUGACAUACCUUGAUCUGUGUUGUAAUGUUAUUGAAAAUGGAACUCCUGGUCAUCCUGAUCGAUUGUUGAAACUUCAACCAUCCGAUAUGAGAAGUCUGGGGCAAUUACCGAGGUCAUUGGCGAAUUGUGUGAUGCUUGAGUAUCUGGUUCUCUCAAACAAUCAAUUCAGUGAUGUUUUUCCCAUUUGGUUGGGGACUCUUCCAGAGUUAAAACUUUUGACAAUGCGCCAUAAUGGGUUUAAUGGUGUGAUAGGACAGUCUAGAACAAAUUUUGACUUCCCCAAGUUACGCAUUCUUGAUUUGUCUUACAACAAUUUCACAGGUGAGAUUCCACCUUUGUUUCCAGAUAUUGCUGUAAACAUGUCAACAUACAUGCAGGCGCAAGUACACUAUGCCAUCAUUUAUGUUGGGAGGAGUGUUGAUUACUCAAUCACAUUAGCAAUUAAAGGUUUGGAUUUGUACUAUUCAAAGGUUCGAGAAGGGUUUGCAGCCAUUGAUAUCUCAAACAACAAAUUUGAAGGUAAAAUUCCAAAAUUCAUAGGGAACCUUAAGGAGCUUCGCUCACUCAAUAUUUCCAGCAACAUUCUCACUGGUUCUAUUCCAUCAUCCUUGGGGAACUUAAGGAAUCUUGAAUCGUUGGACCUUUCACAAAACAAGCUCUUAGGGCAGAUCCCCCAACAACUGACGCAGCUUUCAUUUCUUGGGACCUUUAAUGUGUCUCACAAUAAUCUCACAGGUCCUAUACCGCAAGGUACCCAACUUACUUCCUUCAAUAGCACUUCAUAUGACGGAAAUCUUGGAUUGUGUGGAGAUCCAUUACCAAACAAAUGCGGAAAUCAACGGCCACCUUCAACUAAAGAAGAUAAUGGUUCAGGCUCAAUUGGAAUGGUUGAAUUUGAUUUCAAAUUUGUUUUGGCUGGAAUUGGAAGUGGGUGUGUAUUGGGAGUUGUUCUCGCGGAUGUCUUGAUCACAAGAAGGCAGGAGUUGUUUCUUAGGGUCGUUGGAAUGGUGAGGCUAAUAAUAUGGAAAAGGUAG